UUCCCCAAACAAUUAACUUCAAAAACAAAAACACUGAUAUUUUUUUCUAAACUAGCUAUGAUCUUCUGCUAUCUGUUCAAGUUGAGGGCUCCACCCAAUUUCUCUAACCACUGCUCUUUUCUGUGAUCACAACCUCAAGAACAGGGCCAAGAAAUCCUCUGUUAAUUCUCAUAUAUAUAGAAAUGGAUUCAUUCAAGUUUCACGACAUAAAACUCGAGAAAGCAAACGCCAUCUCAAGGUACCACAGGAUUCAGAGAAUCACGACUUUGUUUCGAUUCCUGGAGCUGUUUCUCUUCCUCAUCAUCCUCUCCAGGUUUUCCACUCAGUUUUCUUUUCCUUUCACCACCAUCUCCUGCACCCAAUAUUUCCGGGGAAUCUCGUCAGGAACCCUCAUCAGCCCGCUCUUCGUCUUCAUACUCGGGAACGCCAUUGUGAUUCUUCUCUUGUUCAUAUCGGCCCAAUUUCCGGGGAAAAAGGGUGAUAAAACCACUGAUUUUUACGAUGAGUACGUGCAAAAAUGUCGAGGGAAUCAGCAAACGUUCAUCAAAGAGGGGGAGAAAGCAUCGAACGCUUACAAAAACGUGAGUGUUUGUUUUGAUGAAAAGAAGAUGAGCAGAAGCCAGUCCCAGAAUCUUGAGAGGGCGGUGCAUGGAGAGGAGCGCCGCCGCGACCUGAGGCGAAGCAUGAGUGAGAAUUGCCGGAAAAGUGUCCAUUCUGGGAGGAAGGCGGCAGCUCCCAUGUCUUCCUACGCAGAGGAUCGGAUGAGCAGCGAAGAGUUCCGACGGACGGUGGAGGCGUUUAUCGCCCGACAGCAGAAGUUUUUGAGGGAAGAAGAAGAUUUUUCGGCUGUGGUUUCGAUUUGAAACCCGACAGGCUUUUGUCCUCUUCCCUUUCUCCUAGCUUGUUAAGGGGAUGCUUGCUUGCUUUCUUUUUCUUGUUUUUGAGUUCCUAUGAAUACAGAGUUAAAAGACUGAUCACUUAACAGUGGAACUGUAUCUCCUGUCUAGUAAACAUCCAUGUAUAUAUGGGAGCUUUGAAGUUUCUCUUACAUUUA